UCCUCCUCCUCUCCUCCUGAGGAGGGGGAGGGAUGACACAACUGCGGGGGGCUCCUUUAAAGGCAGGGCAGCGGGCACUGUGCGCAGAGCUGAAAUCAGGAAGCCUCAGCACUGUGGCUGGAUCAAGUCCACCCAUGGCAGUCCACCCAUCAUUGGAACCAGGCCUCACCAGGUCCCUGAACGGGGAUCCCAUGGCCCCACAGCGCCGUGGCACCCAGGAUCAGACCUACCUGGACGAGCUCAUCAGCAUCCCCAAGGGCACUGGGCCCGGGUUCAGCUUCAGGAAACUCUGGGCUUUCACCGGUCCCGGCUUCCUCAUGAGCAUCGCGUACCUGGACCCAGGCAACGUGGAGUCGGACCUGCAGGGCGGGGCCCUGGCGGGGUUCAAGCUGCUGUGGGUGCUGCUCUGGGCCACCGUCCUGGGGCUGCUGUGCCAGCGCCUCGCCAUCCGUCUGGGCGUGGUGACCGGGAAGGACCUGGGCGAGAUCUGCUACCUCUAUUACCCCAAGGUGCCCCGUGUGCUGCUCUGGCUCAUGAUUGAGAUCGCCAUCAUCGGCUCUGACAUGCAGGAGGUGAUUGGGACAGCCAUUGCCUUCAGCCUGCUCUCAGCUGGCCGCAUCCCCCUCUGGGCUGGGGUCCUUAUCACCAUCGUGGACACCCUCUUCUUCCUCUUCCUCGAUAAGUAUGGGCUCCGCAAACUGGAGGCUUUCUUCGGCCUCCUCAUCACCAUCAUGGCCCUGACCUUUGGCUAUGAGUACGUGGUGGUGGGGCCGAGGCAGGUGGAGGUGCUGAAGGGCAUUUUCCUGCCCAGCUGCCCGGGCUGCGGGCGAAAGGAGCUGCUGCAGGCCAUGGGCACCAUCGGUGCCAUCAUUAUGCCCCACAACAUCUUCCUGCACUCCUCCUUGGUCAAGACACGGGUGAUUGACCGCUCCAAGAAGGAGGCAGUGCGGGAGGCCAACAUGUAUUUCCUGACCGAGUCCUGCCUGGCCCUCUUUGUCUCCUUCCUCAUCAACCUCUUUGUCAUGGCUGUUUUUGGCGAGGCUUUCUACCACCAGCGCAAUGAGGACGUGCACAACAAGUGCAUCAACAGCAGCAUCAGUCACUUCGCCGGCAUCUUCCCCACCAACAACGAGACAGUCUCUGUGGAUAUCUACCAGGGGGGUGUCAUCCUGGGCUGCUAUUUCGGGGCAGUGGCACUGUACAUCUGGGGCAUCGGGAUCCUGGCAGCAGGACAGAGCUCCACGAUGACCGGCACUUAUGCAGGACAGUUUGUCAUGGAGGGCUUCCUGCGACUCCGCUGGUCCCGCUUCACCCGAGUGCUCCUCACCCGCUCCUUUGCCAUCCUGCCCACUGUCUUGGUGGCCGCUUUCAAGGACAUCAGCCACCUCACAGGCAUGAAUGACCUGCUCAACGCCCUGCAGAGCAUCCUGCUGCCUUUUGCCGUCCUGCCUGUGCUCACCUUCACCAGCCUGCACCCGCUCAUGCAGGAUUUCAGCAACAGCCUCCCGGGGAAGGUGCUGAUGACCCUCAUAACGGGGCUGGUCUGCACCAUCAACAUUUACUUCGUGGUGGACUUUUUGCCAACACUGCACGGCCUGGAGUACCACAUUCCCCUGAGCCUGCUACUGGCUGCCUACGUGGCUUUCGUCGCCUACCUGAUCUGGACAUGCAGCAUCGCACACGGAGCCCGCUUCCUGGCCCGGGGCCACCACAGCCGCUUCAAUUUCGGUCUCGCCCUCGACCCGACAGAGACGCGGUGACAGAUCCCAUCCGUGCUUGUUAUCCCCACGUCCCUGCCCGGCGCGGCCUCCUGGACACGGAUUUGCUGCCACUCCGAGUCCGGGCACGUUUUACCCAGCAAGGAAAGGGUUAACGGACAGGCAGACCUCCCCCCAGGAUCUGAGAUCUCAGCGCUUCUUCCCACCCCCAACCCUCGCCAAUUCCGGGGUGCUGGUCCGGGCUGGAUGCGAGGGGAGUGGGACGGAGCGGGACAUUCUCCCAUCCAGUGGCACAGACGCUCCAGCGAAUGAGCCGCGCCGGAGACUUCCCCUGCUCAUUACUGCCGGCCCCCGGGACCGCUAAUCACCGCUGGGGACCGCUAAUUAACACCGGGGACCGCUAAUUACCGCCGGGGACCGCUAACCACCCCCUGCUGCCCGGGACCGGCCCCAUCCCCACGGAGGGCUCCGAAUCUCGAGGGGCGGGGGACGGCUGAUAAACGGCGUGUUUGGAACGGGCCUUGGCCUCGCUGCCGCUGCGCGGCCCCGGCGUGGGGCGGGGACCCCCCGGGCCCACCCGCACCCCGGGGGCGGCCCCUUUGCCCCGGGCGGGGGAGUGGCCGGGCUUGCCAACGCGUGGGGGCUCGGCGCCAGCUUUUCGCAUUCCCGCGGGGGGAGCGGGGUGGUGGGGUCCCCCGUGCCCUCUCCGCCCCGGAUGCCCCGUUUCCCGCCCGCCGGUACCGCCGGAUGCGGCUGCGGAGCCGCCCGGGUCCCGCACGGCGGGCGGGGGUCCCGGCGCUCCGGCCCCGCCGCCGUUCGGUUCGCGCUUGCGAGACGCUCCCUGGCCGUUUCAAGGCUCCCCGCUCUGCCCAGGACCCCCACCCCGAAAUCCCCCUUCCCGACCCCCUUCCCGACCCGCCGCUGCACGGGGAAUUCU